AUGGCCGAACAGACAACUUUGAUCGCCCUCCAGACCCUUGAUAGAAUUUUUCUAUCCAUCCUUGAGGGUCGUCACGAGAAUCUCGACCUUUUGCGAGACGACAGCUCCCCUCUCGAUGUCUUUGAAGAAGAGCUGAAGAAGGUCUGGUGUCGGCCUGCAAGGAGCGCCGAAAGCCGUAACGCCAUAAAUUCUGGCAACAUCACCGUCAAUGGAGAUGAGUACCAAAUCAACGACGAGUUUAAGCAGAAUGUUCUGAAUUUGUCAGACGAGCUCGAAAUCAACGAGCUUGAAGCGGCCUCCCUAGUUCUUGACUCACAAGAUGAUCCUGGAAUUCUUGGACGAUCCCUUCUCGAAUGCUCCAUCAUCCGCUUCCACCAACACAGGAAGUAUGUCCUCGAUAUCAUACGGUUACUCGUCGAGCUUGAUCGGGAGGCAGAAACUGAAACCGGCCCGGUUUACGAAUAUGCAACGCAGUAUCUACGCGAAGGUGUCUUCGCCUCGAAUGGAGCCCAGCGCAUCAUAAGUCGGUGCAUGACGGCCAUGAAGGAUAUAAGGAACUGGGUCCAAAAACUGAAUGACAAGAUUACUGCUGCGGCAGUCCUUGCCGGGGUACCGACCUCGCAACUUUCCGGGGAGCUCGAAACCGUCGACUUCUCGCGUGUCAGCCUCAUCCAGCAGCAUGAAUUGAUGGCAGUGAUCAUGUGCAGGGCUAUUGAGACAAACCUUGGCCAGGAGGACGAUUUCAAGGCUCUCCUCGCAGAGCUGAAAGCGACAGACAAGUAUGACUGUUUAUUAGUCCAUAGAAUACCACCUCUUGGAGCCUUUAUUACACAUCUUGGAUCGGUGGAGUCAAAUAGCGGCCUAAACCAGGCAAGGAAACUCAAUGCUGCCGUCUGUCCCAAGGAGCCAGAACAAUGGGCAUUACCUUACCUACAAGCAGCCUUCAGAGUAUGGUGGCUAUCCGAAUACAGCGGAUACUACAUCGACGAUAUUGAGGAGGGCACCAUUGUUCCGCCAGUGGACCUGGACGAAGAUGGUGCCUUUGAUUUCCUCCUCUCGGUUGCUGGCGAUGUCAAGUCUGUAGAAUGGCAAGAUCCAGCGCGUGUAGGGAUGAGAUCGUGGUUACAGCGCAAGUCACCUCAUCUCUCCUCCGAUUCAGUCCCAUUCUCGGAGUUCUUCCAAACCGCCCUCAUGUCCCGUCUCGAGGUCUUCAUCGAUGGAUUCAUCACCAACCUUCCCGAUGUUUUGCGGCGUCUACGAGUCGAGCAGGAUGAGCAGCGACAACUUAGCCAGACGCAUGAGCAUGACCUCAACCUCGAGAGAUUCUUAAUCAUCAUCGCGUACGCUUAUGAGGGACGACCGGAGGCGGCGGCCAACUUCUGGUCAGAUCCAGAUUCGAACCUAGCUGGAUUCAUGCACUGGGCCUCCCGGAGAGCUUCCACCCCGCUCGUAACAGCAUUUUGUGAGAUGCUGCAAGCAAUCUCCGAGAAUGAGGAUUGCGCGACGUCUGCCCACGAAUUCCUGAUGGAUGAAGGUCACCAUGCCUCCGGCAAACUGCGAAAGUCCUUGUCUCUGACAUGGGCGCAAAUCUUCAAGGAGCUCAACUUUUUCUCUGAGAAGAUUCGAGAGAAGCCAGCCCCCACUCCGCAAGCAACGUUUCGCCCUGGAAAGCCAAGUCCCGUCGUGAUCGAGACAGAGCCAGAGUCGGCAAUGAUGUUGGAAUGCUACCUACGCCUAAUCACAAAGCUAGCCACCGAAAUGUUAGAGGAGAUUAGCAACGGUUUCGAGGAGCCGUACGCCUUCAUCCUUCUCCUCACAUCCCUCUUGACCCCUGUGGAUGGUGCAAGUCCGUUGAACGACUCCCUCCCAUUUCCCGAGAACCUGGGGUCGUCGUAUCGGAUGCCUGGCAUCGACGGUUUUGUUGAUUAUGUAUUAGGCCAUGUCCUAUCUCGGAAGGCCGACGAGCUCACAGAUAAGAAUCAGGCGCGGAUGCUCAGGCUGCGAUGUCUCGACUUUGCUCUGGUGUGUCUUAACUCAUUCAAUGAAGACCUCAUAAUACUUGCGAACUCGACAAACCUCCCAAUCGAUUCCGCGAUAGCCGCAACCGAUCUAGCUACCUAUGUGCGGUUGCAUCCCUUUGCUCGAGUCAUGGAGUGGAUGCUCACUGAGAAAGCAGUGACUGCCGUCUUCUCAGUCAUUCACCAGCCGGCGAUGGAAGUUGGAAAUUCCUCUCCUGACUCGCCCCUAAUUCUAGGAAUUCUCCAAGCAAUCACACUCAUCUCAAGGAUACUCGACCUCCAGGCCACGUACCUAGAGAUCAUUCGGCCAAUAAUAAGGAAUCAGGCCACAUACCAAAGACUGCCGGGUUCGGCGUCCCUCUACUCUUCGUUCGAGGAUGGCUUAGUAGGCCACUUAAACCUUAUCGUAGAUUUAGGCACCUUCUGUGGUCUUGGGCUGCCUGAUCUAACGUUGUCCUGCCUCAAGCUUCUCGAGAGAGUUUCCGUCUCUCCCAGAGUCAUAUCGGCAUGGUCAUCCAAUGGCGGACGGCAUACCCAUCGCAACAAAGCCAUCGUUGCUUUAGAGGCCGAUGGUGACAACGAAUCUAUUUCGCGCUCGUUCAUGGCGGACUUGGACGCGCCGCUUGAACCAGGUCGAGAGAUGGAUUCACCAAGCUACAUGAUCAAGAUAUACAUCCUUGAUUUUCUCUACGCCUGCCUUCGCGAGUCGCCAAAACGACCCUCGAUCGCCCACCUUCUGCUAGGCUUUCAGUGCGAGGUUGACCGCUUAACCAUUGAGCCUAACAGUCCGUUCUAUAACGGGGCGUCUGUUUUCCACAGUCUGAUCACCCUAUGGAACGGAAUUACUACCCUUGACGAGCAGGGAGUACGGCAAUGGCUUAUGGCGCUCAAGUACAAGACUCUGCGGAUCCUACAGAUCUUGUGGAGUUCGCCUCUGACCGCACCCUUGGUCAUAGAUGAACUAAGAAAUAUCGACUUCGUGUUUGCCGUCUCACGCGAAGAGCAAACCAUGUCUGCUGAGCUUCUCUGGGAAGGCGCCCCGAUGGUCGCAAUGGAAUUCCCCCUCACUGAUGGCGCGAGCACGCUCAUAGACUUCAUGUCUCACCGCGCUGCUGUCUUCGACUACCUUGCCAUCGAAUUAUGCAACGUGUCCCAGGCCAACCUGCCGACAUAUAAGAGGAGAAUAUUUGAUGCGCUCCGAGGCGAGAUACCGCAAAACUCGCAAGAAGUAAUGCCGGCAUUCGACGAUGGCGAUGGAAACCAAGUCUACAAUGUUGAUCAAGUCAAGGAAAUCAUGCUGCUUAAGCGAAGCGAGAUGAGAGACAGCGCAUCCCUGAUCUCGGCCCAGGAUUUGGCUAUCAUCAACCGGGAAGAAGCCAGCCUACUAGAGUACCUUUUAUCGUCUAACAGACAGGUACAGAUGGUGUCGCAGAGCCUAAAACUCCUCAAGGCCUGGGUAAAUCUCGUGCUCAUCAUGAUCGAGUCCAACGACUUGCAAGGCAGCGCGCGGACAUCCUUCUAUCUGCAGACCCUGCAAACAAUCCUGCCCAAUCUUGAAUCAUGCGCGUCGGAGCGCCAGCCCUUGGCAUACGAGCUCGCAAAACUUGCCAAGGUGCUGCUCUUCAAACUUGAUCUCACACCCGCGGCCGGCGUUGACAGCGUGAACGGCAAAGCGUCCGAGAUGAGCCACUUAGUUGGAGACAAGCUCUAUCAGCUCUUCCAGACUUGCCUCCAGGCCAUUGGCAAGUGGGCUGAUCAAAGCGAGCUGAGGACGGUUUACUACAGCAUCUGCUAUCGCUACCUCACUGGCAUGGCUGACGAGGGCGCUGCCUUUUCCGAGCGUCAAAAGACAAUAAAGACGAUCCAAGUUUACGGUGAUAGGUUAGCAAACGUCAUUUGUGACGAUGCCUAUGGCGGUGAACCUGCCUGCCAGACCGCGGCUCUCAUCCUGCUCUCUGCUCUUGUUAAUCUAGGUAGCCAAGAGCGUGAUAGCCACAUCGUCGACACCCUCAACAGGCUCAACUUUAUCGGCAUCCUCGUCGAUUCCUUGAGAAAUAUCAUGCAGGAGGGCCAAGAGAUCUUGCAGUCUGGCAAGCCGGAGCAGCAGCAUUAUCACGAUGCAAAGCUUGCACUCCUACUCCAGUUAUGCCAGACGAGGGAAGGUGCUAAAUACGUCUUGCACGCCAACUUAUUCCGUGCCAUCGAAUCGUCUGGCCUCUUCUCCGUUGAUCCGGAGCUACAAAUCGAUCCGAAUAAUCCCAUGGCGCUCACCAACCACUAUGCCCUCCUCGCUAAGGUUGCCCGAAUCAUAGGGGCGGCUCUUGUCAGUCGAGGCUCUCACAACCUUCCUCAGGGCCGCCGCUUCCUGACAAACCAUCGUAUGCUCGUAGCGCAUACGCUCAAGAGGUCAGCGGGCAUCGGUCAUGUUGGCAGUGAAGAUGAGCUAGCGGAGAUGAUUGCGGAAUUGGCGGAUUCCUUUGUCGUCAUGAUUAUUGCAACUGGGUUCUUGGAGACAAACUGGCUUUUGACUUUAAUCACCCGAGAUAUCAAAUGGUGUAUAGACCUUUCCAGUUAUCGGGAUGCACUCGCAGAGAGCCCCCAUUUGAAUACGAUGGACUUUUGA